GGGACGGUCCCACAGAAGGCUACAGCAGUGUUUGUUUAUUACUGCGUGGAAAAUGAAGCAGCUGCACCCACUGAAGGAAUUAAACUGAGUAUGUAGCAUAUAUUUUACAGAAACAAAAACGACACAUCUGAACGGAACAAAAAGAAAAAGGUGAGAAAACCGCACAGCUAUAUUCAGCAACUGCAUUGUUGCUCAAUACUGACAGCACAGUGAGGGGAGAGAACGAGGGAGCACCCGCCUGCGCAGGAGCUGCAACUGUGCGCGCUUUCAUCCAGUAAAAUAGCUGCUUGCUUUGUUAAAACCUGCAUUUUUAAAAUUAAAACGGGCACUGAUGAAGCUGAAGCGCCGUCUUGGAUGAACUGGAGCGCAUGUGGAGGAUGCUGCUCUCACCAGGAGCAGGUGCAUUCAGCCAAGUGGAGGCGCAGGGCACAGAGCAGGAGCGACGCACAACGGGCACCGGACCACAACACCUGCUCCGGAGGAAAACCCUUCAUGCUUAGAUAUGCUGUUGGUUCACGCGCUUCUCAUCUCCAAAAUAACUGGAUUUUUGCUUGCAACUUAUGUGUGGUAACCAGGAGAAGGUGGGCAGCAGGGCACUGAUGGACGCACAGCCCAUUUGGAAAAUACUGUAGUGGGAAAAAAAAAAAACAAGGACUGCUCUGUUGGCUUCUCAUAAGACUGCUUCACAGAAAUCAAUCUUGCUCUUAUCAAGGACGGAAUCAUCUGCAAGGAUGCCCGGAGCACUUUUAUCAGCGCAGUCGCUCUACAUAGGAAUGGAGGUGGUGAUUGCAGUCGCGUCUGUGAUCGGGAAUGUGAUGGUGGUUUGGGCGGUGAAAAUUAAUAAAUCGUUGCGAGAUACCACGUUUUGUUUCAUUGUCUCCCUGGCUCUGGCGGAUAUUGCAGUGGGAGCCCUCGUCAUCCCUCUUGCCAUUACUAUAAGCAUCGGACUCCAAACUCACUUUUACAGCUGCCUGCUCGUGGCGUGCACAGUGCUGGUGCUGACGCAAAGUUCAAUCCUGGCCCUGCUGGCUAUUGCAAUUGACCGCUAUCUCAGGGUCAAGAUCCCGACCAGGUACAAGCGGGUGGUGACCCCUCGGCGAGCGGGGCUGGCAGUGGUUAUAUGCUGGACAGUGGCCUUCAUCGUGGGGCUCACCCCCAUGUUAGGCUGGAACAACCUGAAGCGCCUCCAGCAGAACGGCUCCAUCAGCUCUGACCUCAUCAUCACCUGCCAGUUUGAGAACGUCAUCAGCAUGGACUACAUGGUCUAUUUCAACUUUUUCGGCUGGGUGCUGCCGCCGCUGCUGCUCAUGUUGGUCAUUUAUGCAGAGAUCUUCUACAUGAUCCACAAGCAGCUUAGCAGUAAGAAGUUCACCACCAGUCACGCAGACCCCAACAAAUACUACGACAAGGAGCUGAAUCUUGCUAAAUCGCUGGCUCUGGUUCUUUUUCUCUUCGCCAUCAGCUGGCUCCCCCUCCACAUCAUUAACUGCAUCACCCUCUUCUGCCCUGAGUGCAACAAGCCUAUCGUCCUCCUCUACAUCGCCAUCCUGCUCACCCACGGUAACUCCGCUGUCAACCCGAUUGUCUACGCUUUCCGUAUUAAAAAGUUCCGAUCGGCCUUCAGGAAAAUCUGGCAGCAAUACUUCUGCUGCAAGGACACACCAGCUCUGGAGAUACAGCCCAGCGACAGGAAAGAGAUGCCCAACCCAGAGCAACAACAGGCGACACCACCACAGCCUCAUCAGAAGGACAUCCAAAACUCUGAUCCACCACCUGAGCAGCCGCCUCCACCACCUGAGCAGCAGCAGGACCAGAGGACCGAGCCACCCCAACAACCUAAAGAACAUCCGCCUUUACUGGAGCAGAACGCAGUCUAAGCUGAGAAACAGAGCUUAUUUGUUGGCUGGGAAAGUAGCGAUCAGUGCACAAGCAUUGGUUCUCCCCUCAUUUGAAUGUAGUCUCAUGAGGAGCAUGAAGUGCUACGGUGAUGUAGUGGCUGAGGCGACUUGGAUCAACAAUCUAAAACACUGGAAGAUCAUUUAACUUUACUCAGGAGGAGUGGAUUACUGAUAGUGUGGUCAAAGCAAAAAAAAAGGCAAAAAGGGUAUUAUAAACUUGCAAUAAUUGAAAUCUUUUUGAUAGUGGCUGUCUAUCUUAGUAACAGAUGGAAGACAUUAAGCUUUAACUGUUAUGUCAUUAUGGUCAAACAGUCUGUGUGAACAUUAGUUAUUGUGGUCGGUCAGUAUCAGAUUAUGUUUUAACUUGCUAUACAAUGAAUGUUUAUACAUUCAUAAGAGCAGGUUCAUCUUACUACUGUAAUACUGUGUGCAUCAUUAAACUGACAGUGGCUAAAGAACAUGAAUGUAAUAAUAAUGUAAAUAAGAGGCUACAGCAGCACAGCUUUGAACGCUCAUCUCUUCUUCAGGGUCUUAAUCGCACAACAGUGGUGGAGCAAGUGGCACUAUGGGAGAGAUUUUUUUGCAGCAUGGAGGUGUGUGUGUGUGCUGAUAGAAGGGGUUUUGUAAUCCCUUACAAUCCCUUAACUCUUCUCCAUUGGAGUCCCUCAGCGGAUCCAGCAGCCCUGUUCCAUUACUGAGGAGAUGGACAGGGAUAAGGAACAAGCAGCUGGAGGGAAUGGGAGGUUUUAACCUUUUAGAAGCUGCGUGCAGGAGACUCACGGCUGCAGGACGACAGCUACUCAUGGGGGAGAGAGACAAGAUGCACUUAAAGCUCAUGCUUAUCCAGCCUCCAUGCCAGCUGGUGGUAGGAGCUGGGUUUUCCUUUUUUUCCCCCCGCUAUGAGGGGCGAUGAUAACUGUUUCACAACCUACCACUAGGAACAGUGGCUUAUGGCCUUAUUCAGUAUUUUAAUUAGUACAGGCUGGACUGGAAAAGACAACCUGACGAUUGUGAGUAUCUUAAUACACUGUAAGCUCAACAUUUUGCAUAAUGCCAAACUGGGUCAUCUGUAGACUAGUAAUUCAGAAAUGUUCAAUGCCACUGACAUAAAAACACUGUAUGAGAAUGUAAAGUUAUUCUGUUUUGUCUCUUGUAAAGACUCAGAACUCCGGCCAAGACAGCUCAUUGAUGUUCUCCUAAGUGGGUGACAAUCUCUUAUGUAAGGUUAAAGGUCCAUUGUGUAGGAUUUAGAAGGAUAUAUUGGCAGAAAUGGAAUAUAGUGUAUUGGCUUUAGCUUAUGAUCACCUAAAAAUAGGAAUCAUUGUGUGUCUGUUACCUUAGAACGAGCCGUUUAUAUCAACACAGGGAGUGGGUCCUGGCCCACGGAAUCCGCCAUGUUCCUACAGUAGCCCAGAACUGACAAACCAAACACUGGCUGUAGGUGGGUCCACUCCUGUUUUCCAGAUUUUGCAUUGACCACUGUAGUUAGCAGCCCCUCCAAAACAAGCUGAACAGCACUAGAAAACACUGAUUUUUCUUUUUUACAUGAAGCUGCUUUAUUCAGUGCUUUUACCAGUUGUAAUCAUUGGGUCCAUUUGUUUUGGUGGAAAAGACCUCUGUGGAUAUUUCAGCAUCCGCUCAAAACCUCUUGAACAAUAAACACUGAAGGAAUCCUAACCGGGAGUUCACGCUCGGCACAUGGGAGAAGUUUCAUCUGGUUGCAAUCUGCAAUCCACACCACUAAAUGCCACUAAAUCCUACACACUGUACCUUUAAGACAUUUUCUAUCACGGUCUUGACAAGCACGUCUUGGGAACAAGCAGGCAGUGAACAUUAUGAUGCUUCGAUGGCCGUGAAGACGGUGUCAAAAGAAACCUUAAUGCAAUCCACAGCACCUGUAUCUUGAUAUGUCUACAAAGUGUAUAGGCCAGGUGGACUGUACAUAACACACACUUGAGGAAAAAAAAAGAUGAAUAAAUGUAUAACAUAAUGUUCGUCUUACAGGUAAUGCUAUUUACAACCGAAGUUUACAGUUAUGAUUCCAAUAGAAUAGUGAAAUACACAUAUUUGUGAUAUUAUUAUUUUAUGUUAUCUCAUGGCUUGAAUGAAUGACUUCUGAUGCAAAUGUGACUACUGAGCACUGAGCAAAUGUUGCAGCAUGCAACAGUAAAUACAUUUUG